UAGGGCUCGACUUCAGGGUUGAUGACAUAAACGCUCCCGCUCCGAUCACGGAAUUUUUUAGUCUCCCCGCGGAAGAGUCAUCGGCGGUUCUUUGCCUUCGGAGGCGCUCCAUCUCAACCCAGUCCUCUUCCAGUUCCUCUUUCGUUUCAUACACACCAUCAUGUCUGAAGCGUCCUCCACGAAUGGCGUGGCGACGCCGGUCUCCUCGCAGAUGAACAGUUUGGCCCUCCACCAGAAUGAAUGUUCUCCUAAUUCUGAGCGGGGCGAGCGCAAACUGUUUGGACUCGAAUGGGGAAUCCCCGAUGCUUUCCUACUUCCCAAUGGUUAUCCGGACUACCUGCGCUUGAUCUUGACCUCCCGAGUCUACGAUGUGAUUGACGAGACCCCCCUCCACCACGCCGUCAACCUCAGCAACCGAUUGGAAUGCCGCGUUCUCCUGAAGCGGGAGGAUUUGCUCCCCGUCUUCAGCUUCAAGCUUCGCGGUGCCUACAACAAGAUGGCUCAUCUGACUCAUGAGCAGCGGUGGAAGGGUGUUGUGGCGUGCUCCGCAGGAAACCAUGCGCAGGGUGUUGCGUUCUCCGCUCGCAAAUUGAAGAUCCCCGCCACCAUCGUCAUGCCCUCGGGCACCCCGGCCAUCAAACACUUGAACGUUGCCCGUCUAGGUGGCAGCGUUGUUCUGCAUGGAAACGAUUUCGACGCAGCAAAGGAAGAGGCACACCGCUUGGAGAUGCAACACGGCCUAACAAGCAUCCCUCCCUUCGACGACCCUUACGUGAUUGCUGGUCAGGGAACCAUCGGCAUGGAGAUCCUGCGCCAGGCGAACCUGCAGAACCUUGAGGCAGUGUUCUGUGCUGUUGGAGGGGGUGGUUUGAUUGCGGGCAUUGGGGUGUAUCUCAAGCGUAUUGCGCCCCAUGUCAAGAUUGUUGGCGUGGAGGCUCAUGAUGCCAAUGCGAUGGCCCAGUCCUUGGGUUCCGGCGCGCGAGUGAAGUUGAAGGAAGUUGGACUGUUUGCCGACGGUGCCGCAGUGAAGAAUGUGGGCGAGGAAAACUACCGACUGGCUCGUGAAGUGAUCGAUGAGAUCGUUCAGGUCUCCACCGACGAAACGUGCGCCGCCAUCAAGGAUGCGUUCGAGGACACCCGUUCCAUCAUUGAGCCCGCGGGCGCCUUGGCUCUUGCCGGUCUGAAGAAAUAUGUUUCCUUGCACCCUAGUCCGGACACCAACCGCGAACUGGUCGCUAUCACCUCUGGUGCCAACAUGGACUUUGACCGUCUCCGCUUUGUCGCUGAGCGUGCCGCCCUGGGAGAGCGCAAGGAGGCGCUGCUGAGUGUCAACAUCCCCGAAAAGCCCGGUGCUUUCGCCAAGUUGGUUGAAGUGGUUCUCCCACAUGCAGUUACGGCGUUCAACUACCGCUAUGCUCGUGAUGAUUCGGCCGAUGUCCUGAUGGGUGUUUCCUUGUCCGCUUUGACGGGCCGGGAAGAUUUGGCCAUCCUUAUGCGCGAGCUGGAGAAGGGAGGAAUGAGCACGAAGGACCUCAGCGAUGACGAGCUUGCCAAGCGCCAUCUUCGCUUCCUGGUCGGUGGCCGCUGCGACGUGCAGGAUGAGCGCUUGUUCAUGUUCGAAUUCCCCGAGCGCCCGGGAGCGCUCGCCAAAUUCCUGACUACUCUGCGUCCCAACCAGAACAUCUCUCUCUUCCACUACCGUAACUACGGCGGUGACGUCGGUAAGGUGCUUGCUGGUAUCCAAUGCCCGAGCGCCGAAAAGGAGGAUCUCGAGGCAUUCUUGAACGACCUGGGCUAUCCGUUCAGGGAGCAAACCGAUUCACCGACGUACCGCACUUUCCUCCGCUCGUGAGAAAACAUAUACCAUUUGUUCUGAGCCUACAGUGUAAUUGGCCUUGUUUUAGUUUUAUCAUUUUUCUUUUCAUCCGGGUUCAAAAAGAAUCUGCUGGGCGGUUGUGGAUGAUUUCCAGUCAAGCUUGUUAGGCGUUUGGGCAAGAGAAUUCAAAUUAUAGACUUUACUUGGUAUCGUAUUUUUCACGAUUUUCUACUAGG